GUCAUUGUCAUAACACUACUCGAAGUGUGAUCGAAUGUGCAAAAACGUGAAAGAAUAAAGUGAUUUCAUUGAUUUUACUGAAAAACUUGUGUUGGAACUCUAACAUGAUAUAGAAAUUAUUACAAUGGCCCUCAAAUCGUCAUACGCCUCGUCUACUUCAGGCCUGACAUCCGUAGACCCCGAAUAUGUCCAGUUCUUGAUGUUUACUGACGAAGAUGUAAAGAAACUUAGUGUUGCGAAAAUCACGAACAGUCAAUGUUUUGAUGCCAUCGGAAACCCUACGAAAGGAGGUCUUUAUGACUCGGCAUUAGGACCUCUCAGAGAUAGGAAUGAAACUUGCGGAACUUGUAAUAACGUAUUGUUACAUUGCCCAGGGCACUUUGGUCACAUAGAGUUGCCACUAGUUGUAGUCAAUCCACUAUUCAUCAAAAAUGUUUACUCAAUAUUUCGUAUCAGUUGUCUAAAAUGUUUCAAAAUUCAAAUGGAUGAUAGAUUGAAGUUUAUUCUGAAGCUUCAACUAGAACUUGUAGAUGCCGGCCAUAUCACAGCUGCUUUAGACUUGGAUAACUUUGUUGGUGACAUAACUAGUAACAAAGAAAACUCAUCUGAUAAACCAUCAAAGGUUAUCAAAAAAUACCAGAAGCUAUUGAAGAAAAGAGAUCCUAUAACAGAAACAUUUCAAAAUAAAAAUGUCGACAAGUUAAGAGCAAAGUUUAUUAAUCAGUACUUUAGAGUAAUUAACAUAGCUAAGAAAUGUGCUUUCUGCUCUAGUAAACUCAUUAAAGUGACCACUUCAGAAAACAAAAUCAUGUACAACCUUAGUUCUGAAGGAGCUGAGAAAGGUACCAAAGGAAUCAAGAUUUUAAUGCCCGAUGAGAUCAAAAGGUUUUGCACAGAAAUAGCUCAAAAUGAUGAAGAAAUUCUCAAAUUUUGCUUCCCUGUUUUGAAUAAUUCUAAAGAAAAACCUGUCACUAAUAUAUUCUUUAUGGAAGUGGUUCCUGUUCUGCCCCCAUGUGUCAGACCUUGUAAUGUUCUCAGAGGGGAACUUAUUGAACAUCCUCAAACUAAUGUCUACAAGGCCAUAUUACAAAAUGCUUUUGCUGCUCGAGCUGUUUUACAUAUCCUCACAUCAUCUAAUCAGCAGAAAGCAAUUGACUGUCUUGACCAAGUACCGAGACAAGCCUAUGAAAGUGUACAAGGUAAAUCACCAGCCGAAAAACUUCAUGUGGUUUGGCAAGAAUUACAAAAGAGUAUAAAUAACCUUUUGAACUGCGAAGGCCAAGGUGUAGCAAGUCAGGGUUUGAAACAAAUCAUUGAAAAGAAGACUGGCUUAAUCAGAAUGCACAUGAUGGGCAAAAGAGUAAAUUUUGCAGCCCGAUCUGUUAUCACCCCAGACCCUAAUGUAGAUAUUGAUGAAAUAGGCAUUCCAGAUGCUUUUGCUAUGAAGCUAACAUACCCAGUUCCGGUUACAGAAUGGAAUGUUGACGAAUUGCGGAAAAUGGUCAUCAAUGGACCCAAGAAACAUCCUGGCGCUGAGAAGAUUGAAAUGGAGAAUGGAAGAAUCAUUACCAUAGCCACAGAUUCUAUACAAAAACGGAAAAGUCUUGCUAAAAGGUUACUUACACCUGAAGAGUUUAAAGCAUCUGGGCUGAAGAUUGUUCACAGACAUUUAGUGAAUGGUGAUGUCCUGAUUUUGAACCGACAGCCUUCUCUUCAUAAGCCUAGUAUGAUGGCACAUAGAGCACGAAUUUUAAAAGGAGAGAAGACACUCAGGUUGCACUAUGCCAAUUGUAAAUCAUAUAACGCCGAUUUUGACGGUGAUGAAAUGAAUGCUCACUUCCCUCAGAAUGAGAUUGCAAGGAGUGAAGCAUACAAUAUUAUGUCUGUACGAAAACAAUACCUUGUACCCAAAGAUGGAACCCCAUUGAGUGGUUUAAUUCAAGAUCAUGUUAUUUCUGGUGUGAAAAUGUCUCUGAGAGGAGCAUUCUUCUCGAAAUCUGACUAUCAACAGCUUGUGUUCCAAGCUUUGCCCAAUCACAAAGGACCAAUCAAGCUUUUACCACCUACCAUUCUGAAACCCAUAGUUCUUUGGUCUGGUAAACAAAUUUUGUCAACUAUUAUCAUUAAUACUACACCUAAAGGAAAACCUUGCCUUACUCUGAUUGGAAAAGCAAAAAUUAGUUCUAAAGCUUGGCAAAAGACACCUCCACGACCUUGGAAAGCUGGUGGCACACCAUUCACUAAUCCCAACACUAUGACAGAAGCAGAAGUUAUAAUAAGGAAAGGUGAACUUCUUUGCGGAGUACUGGACAAGACUCAUUAUGGUGCUACACCUUAUGGUUUAGUUCAUUGCAUGUACGAGCUGUAUGGAGGCGACAGUUCAAGUGCUUUGCUAAGUUCUUUUUCCAAAGUCUUCACAUUUUAUCUGCAAUGGAUUGGAUUUACCCUUGGAGUGAAAGAUAUCUUAGUAGUGGAAGAAGCUAAUAAAAAGCGCGAUGAUAUAAUUUGUUUGGUUCGAAACGCUGGUAAAUCUGCAGCUGUUAAAGCAGCUGACUUACCAGCCGAUGUUGAUGAUGAAAAAUUAAAAGAAACUAUUGAAGUCAUGUAUACCAAAGAUCCUAAGUUUAGAGCUAAUCUCGAUCGACAAUAUAAAAAUUUGCUAGACUCCUACACUAAUAAUAUUAAUACAGCCUGUUUAUCAGAGGGGCUGCUGGAGAAAUUCCCGUAUAACAAUCUUCAGUUAAUGGUACAGUCUGGUGCCAAGGGAUCAACUGUAAAUACUAUGCAGAUUUCAUGUUUGCUUGGUCAAAUUGAGUUGGAAGGUAAAAGGCCGCCACUCAUGAUAUCUGGUCGAUCUCUACCUAGUUUCCCACCUCAUGACGUAUCUCCGAGAGCUGGAGGAUUCAUAGACGGUAGAUUCAUGACCGGUAUACAACCUCAAGAGUUCUUCUUCCAUUGUAUGGCUGGUCGUGAAGGUCUUAUCGAUACUGCUGUCAAAACCAGUCGAUCUGGUUACUUACAAAGAUGUCUUAUCAAGCAUUUAGAAAGUUUAGCUAUUGCCUAUGACCAUACAGUGAGGGAUGCCGAUAACAGCGUCAUUCAAUUUGCUUACGGAGAAGAUGGAUUAGAUGUCCUCAAAUGCCAAUUUCUUAGAAAAGAUCAAUUUCCUUUCCUUGAUGCUAACGCUAAUGCAGUAGUUAGCGAAGCUGUGAUUGAUAAACUCAAAGAAAACGCAGAUUUGAAAGACGUUAAUAAAGCCAACAAGUCUUUGAAGAAAUGGAAAAAGAAAUAUGGUAGUCCUUUCGAAAAAACUCGAACCAGUGGCUUUGCUCAAUUCUCAGCCCUUGAAAGAGGGCAAAUUGAACUUGAUGACCUACCAACCGAUAAAACGAGAGAUCCAUUCUAUUGGGAGCUGGAAAAGAAAUGGCGUGCAAUGGAUGAUGAAGAAAAAGAACAAUAUAACCGUAAAAAAUGUCCCGAUCCUAUCCCGUGUAAAGUGUCGCCUGAAUAUAAAUUUGGUGUGAUUAAUGAACAAUUAGACAAUUUAGUACAAAGUUAUUUGAAAAGUCGCCAUUCCGAAACACAGGAGGAAUGCACAGCGAAGGAUAAAUUCAUUGAGGUGAUGAACGCUAAAUACCUUGAAUCGAUGGCAGCUCCAGGCGAGCCUGUGGGUUUACUAGCCGCUCAAUCUAUCGGUGAACCUUCAACUCAGAUGACACUGAACACUUUUCACUUCGCUGGUCGUGGUGACAUGAACGUAACCUUGGGUAUCCCACGUCUCAGAGAAAUUCUGAUGACGGCUUCGGCUAAGUUGAAAACCCCUAAUAUGGAUAUACCGUUCAGAGAUGACAUUCCAGAUUUGACGAAAAAGGCUGAGAAGUUGAGGCAAAAGCUAAAUAGGGUAACAGUCGCUGAUGUAUUGGAGAAGAUAGACGUUGAAUGUCAGAUUGUAAUCAAGCCUGAGAGACAACUAAAGACGACAAUGCGAUUCCAAUUCUUGCCACAUUCUCAAUACAAGACACAGUACGCUGUAAAGCCUGCGCAAAUAAUAAAACAUAUGCAGAAUAAAUUCUUUGAAGAAAUGUUCUCGACUGUGAGGAAACAGGCAAAGGCUGUUAGUGGCGUCGUUUGGUCUUCUGAGAAGAAAAAGAAGCGAUCUAAAGGUGGUGAUGAAGAUGAUGAUGAGGAGAAUGACGCGCCGGAACCUGAGCCUGCUGCCAACUUGAACGACGACAGUUCAGAUGAUGAGGCCCCUAAUGACGACGAUGACAAUACUGAUGCUAAAAUUCGCAAAAAGAGAACUGAGGAGCAAGAAUAUGAAGACCCAGAAUCUGAAGAAGAGGAGAAAUCAGAUGACGAGGUAGAAGAACUAACUGAUGAACAAGCUAAAGGAGAAGAUGUCGUCGACGAAACUAAUGCUAAUGGCGAUGCAGAAACGAGCAAAAUUGUGUCUGAUGUAGUAUCAACAUUGAAAGAAGCUACAAACUAUUCCUUUGACACUAAACAUCACAAAUGGUGCGAACUAACAGUACUCUUCCCAAUUUCCUUCCUAAGAGUUGAUCUCUCUCAGGCACUUCGCGAAGCAGCGAUGAAAUCCGUCAUACACGAAGUCAAAAACAUAAAGCGAGCGAUCACAAACAAAGAGAAAAACGUGUUAUUCCUCAAAACUGAGGGAAUUAACAUCCUACAAAUGUUCAAAUACAAUAACUUGUUAGAUUUGAAUAAACUUUACAGUAAUGACAUCCAUGCUAUUGCGAACACGUAUGGCAUAGAGGCUGCUAACAAAGUUAUUAUCAAAGAAAUACAGAAUGUGUUUAAUGUCUACGGUAUUACUGUGGAUCCUAGACAUUUGACGUUGGUGGCUGACUACAUGACAUACAAUGGCAUCUUUGAGCCUAUGAGCCGAAAGGGAAUGGAAGCGUCAUCUUCACCCUUACAACAAAUGUCUUUCGAAUCCUCGUUGAUAUUCUUGAGGGAAGCCGUUUUGAACUCUAAAAAGGAUAACUUAAAGUCUGCAUCUAGUUGUCUUAUGUUGGGACAACCUUGUAAGAACGGUACUGGCGUUUUCAGUUUACAACACUUCAGUAAGGUUAUUAGCUAAGAAAUGUUACUUUUUAUCGUGU